UAGAAACGAUUGAUGUGUAAACUAAGGAAUACAAACAAGCAAUCUUCUGUCUCCAUUCCAUUGUCAUACAGUACAUCAACAAAAAAAAAAAAAAACAGGGGAAGCAGCCAUUUCAAAAAGAGCUAUUCCUUACAACAAUGGCGUCUCUAACCCCUGGAGUCCUCUCAAAACUUCUCCAAAACUCCACUUCAACAAACACCCACCGUCAACCACUCCUUCAAGUAACUGAAAUCAUCCCUCGUCUUUCAGAAGACACAUUUCAACCCGCCACCGGCUACUUUCUCAAACUCUCCGACUCUCUUCACUCCGCUUAUGUCUCCGUCUCCGACUCCGACGCCGAGUUAAUCCGUUCUGAUAAACUCCAGCUCGGUCAGUUCGUUUACGUCACUCGCUUUGAUAACGAUGCUUCCUCUUCCGUUCCAAGAGUUUCUGGUUUGAAAACUAUUUCUAAAAGAAGAGCUUGUGUUGGUAAUCCUGUUGAUUUGGUUUCUACUGAUUCUUUAAGACUUGCAACUGCGAAACUGAAUGGUAAUGUUAAGAAGAAGAAAAAAAUUAAUGGGAAUAAGGAUAACAAUGUGGUUGUUAAUGUUGAAAUGAGGAGGUUGAGUUUGGAUUCUUCUACAAGAAGGGUUUGGGAUCAUGCUUCUCUUGUUUCUAAAACUAAAUCUUCUUCUUCUCCAAGUUCAAAUUCAAGUUCUAGAUUCACCUUUAGUAAAUCUGCUUCUACUUCACCUAAUGUGAUAGAUAAAAAGGUUUCUAUGAAAAUUGAUUCUCAUUCUCCAUUGAAGUCUCCAUCAACUUCAAUUGUUUCACCAUUGAAGAACAAAAAUGAGAACUUGUGUCCCAAAACAACAGGCACACCUCCUAGGAAAAGUGCUACUACUAUUCCCAUUCCUAAGUCACCGUGUGCUGGCAAUGGUUCUGUUCCAAGCAAACUUGUGAAGGUGCCCUUGAAAUUCAAAACUUGGUAUGACAAGUCUGGAUCUUGGGAUAAUCUUCCACCACCCAUUUGUAAUCUUGGAAAGCAAGUUGUGACUCAUAGGAAUGUUGCUUUUUUGGCUGCUGUGAGAUCUCUUGAAGAAGCAUCUGCUGCAGAUACUGUGCUUCAAUGCAUGUGCAUGUUUGCCGAACUCUGUGAGUCCCGUCAGACACUUUCUGCUGGAUUGCUUGUGAAACAGUUUCUGGAGCUUCAUCUGAGCCUGCAGAGAGUAACAGUGGUAUUUGAUUCCUUACUUUCCACACCUCCUGAAACAAAGCCAACUGGCCACACUACCCUACAGUCUCUUGUGGAAGAUGCAUGUAAUGUUCCGACUCGCAAAAAUGCUACAUUUUGGGUACAAGCUGCCUUAUAUACCAAUCUUUCUAAAUUAAACCUAUACAAAACACAAGAAAAAAGCAAGGUUUUGAAUGGUGAGAAAAGUCAUUUUGUUGUCAUUGAGAACGGGAAUUCUCACGAGGAAAGGAAUGCCGAGGAAUCCACGCUUCAAAACAAGCAAAGUCGUGUGGCUCAAGCAAAUCCAUUACAAAACUCAACUGGUAAAAGAAUUUCCUCUUCAAAGCGGAAUCUCUUGGUAGCCAAGAAUAAGGAUACAGAGAAGCGUGAUCAAUCAAAAGAGAGUGAGCUUAAAGUGGCUGUGAGUUUGUCUGAAAAACUGCUAGCUGCUUCUCGUGAGUGGUUUCUGAAGUACUUGGAGGAAUCUAUAGGUAAUGAAUUUGGGUUGAAAAAUGAAGGGAGCAGUGAAGCUGCAUGUCUUCUUGGACAGCUAAGAGAGGUGAAUCAUUGGUUAGAUAAUUUGGUUGAUGGAGGUAAAGUUGAUGAUAGGGUAGAGAAGUUGAGGAAAAAUUUAUACCGGUUUCUACUUGAGCAUGUUAAUUCUGCAGUUGCUUCUAGUUAGUAAAUACAUAGUCCUACAAGAACUAACAGAAUUGACAAAAUGGAGCACACUAUUUUAACCGACUCUGCCUUGGAUAGCUAACAGUGGUAUAAGAUUAUUAGUAUUACAGUCAAUAUUUAGACCGCUAGCGUUGGUUUUGGCGUAACCACUUUCUUUUCUGAGUAGGAAUCAAGCUCUGUAUUCCAGACUUUACAACAUUGACACACACUGCGCAUGAACCACAAGCGAUAGACCGCAAUGGUUUUUGGUAUAACCACUUAUGAGUAAUGAUCUCAACUUUUGUUUACUCUAAUCUAAUUCUGUCAAUGAAAGAAUUUCUGACCGGAUUAUGCAAUUUUAAGCUGUAUUCUGUCAACUAGUAUAUGUUGUUAUUUACUCCAAACACUGAUCAUUUGCUUGUAAACAAUGUCUGGCAUCCAUUAGAGCAAAUUCCUUUUCUUUGCAUUUCACUGGCUGUAAAAAAUGUUGGUGACCCUUAGCAGGUCUUCUCAAUGUUGAAUAGUAUGUUAACUACCAAAUCAGUUCUCAAUUAGAGGCCUGAUCUA